CGGAUCGGGCUCAGCCUCGGCAGCCCUGUCCUGGCGGCUUGGAGCCCAGGGACACUGAGCCACGUCUCGUUCUGGCGCGCUGAGGGGCGACCGCGGCCCGUCCCGCUCCGCAUUUCUCGCCUCAGGCCCAGCGCGGGCACGGCCCCUCACGGGGCUCUUGGGCCAUGGAGACGCCGCAAAGGGCGGGAAGGGUUUUCCUUCAGGGCAAGGGGGGCUGAGAGCCUUCCGCGGGCACAGCCCGCCCCUCGCUGCCAUUGGCUGAUUGUGCCGUCACUCCUUGUUCUCGCGCGCUGAUUGGGCAGAGGCGCCAUGGGCGGAGCGCGUGUGCGGGCCCGGGAGCGGCGGCAGCGGCCGGAGCCCGGUGAGGCGGCGGCGGAGCUCGGAGGCGGCCCCAGCGCAGGGGGGCAUGCACUCCAUCAGGUAGGCACACAGGAGGAGGAUCAGGAAGAGGAGGCAGCACAAGGUUCCACCCCUCCCUGGAUCUGCAGCCUCCCUCCAGCCCCAGGAGCAUUGCCACUCCACAUGCAGCAGGAUUUUUCAUUCCCAAGGAAUGUCUGGAUGGAGGAGGAGGAAAAGCCCCAGAGAUCCCAGCCGAGGAGGGGCUGCAAACCCAGCGCAGGGAGCUGUGAGGAGGAAAGACCCCCCCUGUGCCAGGAGGGCGGCCGGAGAUGCAGGCAGAGCUCAGAGCUGGGGGAGAAGCCUGAUGGAGGGGAGAAGCCCCACGAGUGCCUGGAAUGUGGGAAGGGAUUCAGAUACAGGUCCCACCUGAUCCGGCACCAGGUGAUCCACACUGGGGAACGGCCCUACGAGUGUGGGGAGUGUGGGAAGAGCUUCAGGCAGAGCUCUGGCCUGAUCCGGCACCAGGUGAUCCACACUGGGGAAGGGCCCUACACCUGCUUGGAAUGUGGGAAGAGCUUUGCAUGGAGCUCUGACCUUAGAAACCACCAGCUCAUCCACACUGGGGAGAGGCCCUAUGAGUGUUCUCAGUGUGGGAAGAGGUUUCCGAACAGCUCUGAUCUCCUCAGACACCAGCAGAUUCACACAGAGGAGAGGCCCUUCCGCUGCCCCGACUGCGGGAAGGGCUUCAAGCACAACUCCACCCUCACUGUCCACCGGCUCAACCACACCGUGGAGAGACCCUACGAGUGUCCCGAGUCUGGGAAGAGGUUUCAGACCAGCCCUACGCUCCUCCUACAUCAGCAGAGUCACACAGAGGAGAGGCCCUUCCGCUGCCCCGACUGUGGGAAGGGCUUCAAGCGCAAAUCCACCCUCAUCGGGCACCGACGCACCCACACUGGGGAGAGGCCCUACGAGUGUCCCCAGUGUGGGAAGAGGUUUCAGACCAGCUCCACUCUCCUCCUACAUGAGCGGAUUCACACAGAUGAGAGGCCCUUCCGCUGCCCCGACUGUGGGAAGGGCUUCAAGCGCAACUCCACCCUCAUCAGGCACCAGCGCAUCCACACCGGGGAGAGGCCCUACGAGUGUCCCCAGUGUGGGAAGAGCUUCUCCAGGAGCUCUCACUUGACCCAACACCAACUGAGGCACCAUAAGGGAAGCCCUCCCCACAAGUGCCUGGAAUGUGGGAAGGGUUUCAGAUACAGGUUCAAGCUGACCCAGCACCAGGUGAUCCACAGUGAGGAACGGCCCUACAAGUGUGGGGAGUGUGGGAUGAGCUUCAACAACAACUUCAACCUGGUCCGGCACAAGAGGAUCCACACUGGGGAGAAGCCCUAUGAGUGUGGGGAGUGUGGGAAGAGCUUUAGGCACAGCUCCAAACUGGUCGAGCACCAGAGGAUCCACACUGGGGAACGGCCCUACGAGUGUGGGGAAUGUGGGAAGAGCUUCCGGUACAGCUCCAACCUGACCCUGCACAAGAGGAUCCACAAUGGGGAAAAGCUCUACAAGUGUGGGGAGUGUGGGAAGAGCUUCAGAGACAGCUCCAGUCUGCUCCAACACCAGGUGGUCCACACUGGGGAAAAGGACUACACCUGCUUGGAAUGUGGGAAGAGCUUUGGAUUGAACUCCAGUCUGAGAAAUCACCAGCGCACCCACACUGGGGAGAGGCCCUACGAGUGUCCUCAGUGUGGGAAAAGGUUUGUAACGAGCUCUUAUCUCCUCCUACAUCAGCGGAUUCACACAGAGGAGAGGCCCUUCCGCUGCCCUGACUGCGGGAAGGGCUUCAAGCGCAACUCCAACCUCACUGUCCACCGGCGCAUCCACACCGGGGAGAGGCCCUACGAGUGUCCCCAGUGUGGGAAGAGCUUCUCACACAGCUCUGAUUUGACCAAACACCAACGGAGGCACCGCUAAGGGAAGCCCUGUGAGUGCCCUGAGAGCGGGAAGAGCUCCGUGUGCUGCUCCAGCUCCAUCCCCCAUGGGAGGAUUGGGGAAAAACCAAGAUUUUUGGGAACAGUGGGAUGCAAACCCCUCCAAAAAAGGUUCUUUCGUCCCACCCAAGCAGAUGGAUCCUCAGCUGGCAUGAAUAGGGAAAUUCUUUUUUUUUGCCCUUGAUUUGCUUUUCAUUUCUCUUCAUCUCUUUAAAAUAUCCAACAGUGAGGUAAAAAUAAAGAGAUUGAACUAAAACAUGGGUGAGGACAUGAGGGGACAAGGACAUGGUGGGACAUGGACAUGGAGGGGGACAUGGCCAUUCGGGGGGACAUGGGCACAGAUGCAGACAUGGGGGCUAAUGACAGGGAUGGAAACAUGGUGGGGAGACAGCCAUGGGUGAGGAAAUGGUGGGACAUGACCAGUGACACAUGCGGACAUGGCCAUUCAUGGGGACAUGAGGGGGCACGGGCACAGAUGGAGGCGUGGGGGACAAUGACAGGGAUGGAAACGUGGUGGGGAGACAGCCAUGGGUGAGGACAUGGUGGGACAUGGCCAGUGACAUGUGGGGACAGGGCCGUGGCCGGUGCCAUGGGGGGAACUUGCAGGGGCUGUGGGGGAUGCUGGGUUUGAGGGAGUUGAGGGUUCCUGCCAGGGACUUGGGCCUUGCUGAGGGCUUUGGGGACCCCAGGCCCAGCGGCUGCGGCUGCGCUGGGAGACCCUGGCGGAGGUUGUGGGGCAGCUGCUCGAGAAGCCCCUGAGCUGGAGCCCCCUCUGGGCAUUGGGGUCCUGGAAGGGAAUGAAUGUCCUUGUCCCCAGGAGGGAAAUCCCAGCAGCCCCAGGAUGUUGGGGGCAACUGAGAGGCCUCAACAGGGAGGGGAAAGCCAGACAGAGCUGUCCCUCUCCAAAACUGCACCCCAGACUUUCCCAAACUCAGGGAUUCCUCAUAGGAAAAAGCUGGCAGGAGGUGCCUGUGAAUCCUGAUUUUAAGGAGUUAAGAUUUUAGCUAAGGGUUGGAAGCCAUUCACAUUGAUCAAUAUGCAAGUUAGACAAGCAAAUGGUGGGUUAAUGAUCAUUAGAUGCUUAAGCUAGAGCUAAUUGUUAUAUUAUGUGCUAUUAUGAGCUUGUUCUGGAAGAAAGUGGAGUAAGCGAACUGUUGUAAGAACAGAUUGAAAGCAGUAAGAACAAUGGCCAGCACCUGGACUGUGAAUCAAUCAGUCAUGAAGCAGGGGACCCUGGAUUGUGCCAGAGGGUCCCAGAGACCUGAUGAAGACUCUCCUGACUUCAUCCUUUGAGAGCACUGACUCAAUUCGAGACCACUGACCCAAUUCAAGAGAAGAAUUGCACACGCAUGAAGGACUAAUAAACUCAUUUUAAUACUGAAUGGAGAUGGGAGGUGCUGGGGUUAUGCAUCUGUAUUUUAUGUAAGAUCUUGGUAAAUAAACAGAGGGUAAAGAACCUUGUUUGGUGUGGUCACGCCUUUCGGUGAUGACUGCCAUGCCACCUGCCAGUGAAUAAACAUACCACUCUCUGACUUUAAUUAGUUAGAGGGUCUUUGUCCAUGAUCAUAUCAGUUUUUAAGGACUCACUCCAGCCAAACCACCUGUAGUUAUUCUCAUCAGCACCCUCAGGAAUUCGUCAAUUA